UCUCAGACUGUAGGUUUUAUGAUAUAACUUUCAGUGUGGAUAGUGCGCAGGUAGAUUAUAGUUUUAUGUUUUUUUUUUUUUUUUUCUCCUGCAGAUUUGGGCAAGUAACUUUCUUCCCAAUGAGGCUCAGACAGAAGACAGGACCCAGCGAAAUUACCUGCGCGAGCAAGGCUCUCCCAUGUUGCUGGAAUACGGGCGGCUGGAAGAGCAAGUCAAGGAGCGUUUAGUGCUGGCCAAUGAACAUUGGUUAGUAGUAGUUCCAUAUUGGGCGGUUUGGCCGUUUGAAACCCUCCUUCUACCGAGACGUCACGUGACUCGACUGCAGGAUCUUAAUGGGUCAGAGAGAGAGAGCUUGGCAUCAAUUAUGAAAAAUCUGCUCUCCAGAUAUGACAAUCUGUUUGAGAUUUCCUUCCCCUACUCCAUGGGCUGGCACGGUGCCCCCACUGGGUCAUAUCUGAAUAAGGACUGCAGCCAUUGGCAGCUUCACGCCCAUUACUAUCCCCCGCUGUUGCGUUCUGCCACUGUGCGCAAAUUCAUGGUAGGAUAUGAAAUGCUGGCGCAGGCACAGAGGGACCUGACUGCUGAGCAGGCGGCUGAGCGUCUCCGGAAUCUUCCUGAUGAGCAUCACAAACUGAAAUCGUCUGGGAGUGCAGAGGAUAAGAGGGAGUGAAUGGAAUUCUGCUUCUGACAAAUAAAUAGAACGCUGAUCUCCCUGGUCACUUAGAAAUGGUUAUUUGGUCUAAAGAUGGCUGAACGUUUUAUUGAGAUUGCAAACGCUCACUGCUUCAGGCUGAAGAAUUAGAUCACUUUAUACCACAAUCAAAUGUUCUGUUUUUAGUAUUUUUUUCUGUUGGCUUUUGGGGAUAAUAAAAAAAAUAAUUGGUAAAGGUUUUACUAA